UGUAUUUUACGUCAGUCCGAAAACACUUGAAAUCACAAGAAUAGUGUUGGACGAUUUGAAGUCGAUUGCGCCAGAAAUAAUCGCAAACUUUAAGACUAAAAGUCUCGAGAAGAUCAAAACAAUAACAGAAAAGACACAAACACUCACUGAAAACGUCAACCAAAUAAUCGAGGAAAAGAAAGAGGAAAAUCCGGGGUUCUUGGCAAAUGUCUCGUCGGGCAUAUUUGGCUUCUUUCAGACCCUCCUCCCCAAUUUGGAAGAUGUUGAUCAAGAGGAAGAGAAUAUCAAAAUGAAUCAACAGAAAAAGAGUGAAGAGGAGAGAGCAAAGAAGGAGAAGGCAUCAAAAAAAGAAGCUCUUGAUGCUGAAGUACAACAAACGAAUAUCGUUUUAGUCAUUGGAGACGAGAAGAAAAAACACAUAGUAAUGAGUGUACGAUUUGGGGUGGAUAGCGUUCAAAAAAUCGAAUUUAAAAUACUCGAGUUUUCGAUAUUACUUGGGAAGGAUAAGAUGGUGGAGGUGAACAAUACUCAACAGUCUCAAAUCUGUGUGACAACAAAUAGAGAUGGAAUAUAUGACAUUCAAAUCAAAGGUAAAGUAACAGUGACUGUCAAUACAAAGUCAGUGGAUAAAGAGAAAGAUGGUGUGAUUAGUAUUUUCGAAGCGCUUGGAGAUAUCAUUAAAACAGUUGAAGAUGUGUUGAUUGCUACUAAGAGUGAUACGACAAAUUCAAAAGAAACUACCGACGAGACACUGCAUACUGGAACAAAGAACACUCAAUCUAAAACAGCCAUUCGCGCUAUUGUGGGAUUUGAAAACAUUGAAGUGAAUUUUGUGGGAAACAACAAAUCCGUCAAAGUAAUAUUGAGUUAUGAGGAAUUCAAGAACACGCCAUUUGUCCAAUUGAGUUUGAAUGAGCGAAUGGGAGUGACAGUGAAAUGCGAGAGGUUUGUCAUUGAGAUCAACAAGAACAAAACUGUUUUGAGAAAUUUGGAGUACAUCUCACAAGGAAUUGGCUCGCCGAAAGUCGAAGGGAAACUUGGGCGACUCUUUACAAAGAAAAAUGGGAUAGUCAUGAAUAACUGCUUCGACGAAAUGCCGAGUGUAUCAGCCGCAUUUCCAACACUAAAAAUAGAAGAAAUAGCGAACAUUGAGUCAGUGUUAUCUUAUGCAGAAAAUGCGAGUGUUGGGUAUGUUGACAGCAUAGUUUCAGAAAUCGAAGUAGAAGAUAUCAACACGAUGAUUUCAGUGAGUUCCACGUUUGCGUCUGUCAUCGAAAGAAUUAUUGAACUUGUCUUACCACACAAAGAACAUUCAAAAAAGAAAGAACCUGUUGAUUUUGUAGCUACAGAAAAAACAUCCCAAGAAGUCGACGAGGUGUUUCGAUGUGACGAAAUUGACUGCAAAGAAUUUUGUACGAAGCUUGCGAGUGCGAACGAGAAGUCGCGAGUCACGAAAAGUAGUUUGCAGAUUGGAGUAGGGAAGGUUGAUAUUACACUACGAAUGUUAAGAGAGAGUCUCCGUUUUGUUCUUACGAAUUAUAGUUAUCUCUCGGCAAGUGGGGUACUUGGGAGUACUCUCUCAGUGAGUAGCCAUACAAUCAAUAAAGUUGAUGUGUCUGUGUCUUUUAAACAGAACGAUUACGACAAAAUAGAGUACUUUAGAACCAAUGAUCCUCUUGUUAUAUUAGAAAAGAUGUGUUUGUUUGAUGUCAGUAACAAAUGCAGUGAUGAGGAGUUUACGAAUGAACUUGAUAAAGACUUAUUCAUCAAUUUUAUGCGGUUACUUAAACCACGAAACAUCGAGAAGUCAAGGUUUUAUCAUAUUGAACAUGUCGACAUCUACUUGUCGUACUCUCUCGAAGAAAUUGAUUUUGUGAAGAAAGUGUUUAAGGCGAUGACGUGCACUUCUAGCCAACAAACGGAACACUUCACAUCUUCUGAAAGUGAUCAAGAACAAGACAUUCAAAGUGUUACAAGUGUAGAUCCAACACGAUCAUUCUUCAUGUUAAAUAAAUUGAAUAUUACUAUACAACCCCUCCAACACAUUCAUAUACCAAAUACUACAGAUUUGGUUGUGCAAGUGAAUGACUUAUUUGGACAUAUGAAUCAAAUGUUGAGUGGGAAUGAGAAGCAUUUGUUAUGUCAGUUCCGUAUGAAUUGCUCAUUCUUUGGUCUUCUAGUCGAUACACAAGUCAAUGUGAAAUAUGGGAAGAAGAGCGAAAUGAAGAUCCCGCUCUUCUCACUCUUCGGCAAAAUUCCAGUUGAGAAAGUGCAAAAGAUCAUCACUUCCCUCUCAACGUUCUUGGUGCUCGCUUUUCCAUAUAAAAGCCAAGACAAACCCCUUCCGGAGAAAGUUGAAAUGUCGUGGAAAGAGUGGUUUGGAAGUUCACAAGUGAAAAAGGUCCGCGUUGAUAACACGAUCAAAUAUGACACACUUGAUGCAAUGGUUGCAGCGAAUCAAAACAAUUUGAGAGUCAUCGACGAAACGUAUAUGUUGCUGGGAAGGAGCUUCUCCCGAGGUGUUCCGGAGACGCAAUUCUAUUCAACUAAACCGGAAGACGUGACUAUUAUUGAUCCACAUGACACAGCAACACCUUUCUAUGAACAACGUGAAAUGCCAAUUCCUCACAAUCCAAGCGACACUACCUUCACUAUUGCAGUUGAAAGUUUUUCAAUGGAUUGUCAUGUGGUGGAAGGGGAAAAGGAUGUUGUUACUUUACUUCUUGAAUACACUCCAAUCAAAGUUGUGUUAAAUAAAGGAGGAAUCACUCUGGACAUUGUCUUUGGGAAAUUCUCUUUUUCGUGUGGGAAUGCGGGUGAUACCCCGAUCAUGGCGGUGACAUUAACCCCUGGAGUCACUGUUGGGAUGAAAAUGUUUUCUCCAAAGCAAAUCAAAGGGUCUAGUGGGGAAUCUGCAUUGGAAAUUAUUAUAGCAAAUAAACAAUCCACAUUUGGGAUGUCCCUCUCAGAGGAAGUGAUGAAAGUCGAAACGUUCUUCUCAACACUUGUUGGAAAUGAAAAAUCAGAGACCCCAACGUUCAUCGAAAAAUUGACGGCACCACCAACGAAACUCAACUUAACAAGAUUUGUGAUGUAUCCGAUGCGCGCUAAGUUUAAUAUCAAAAUCAAGUCUCUCGAGGUAUUUAAUAACACCACACAAUUCCCGAUGUAUACUUUGAUGAUUAGUAGCGUGUAUGGCGAUGUCGGUGAAAUAGUUUCAAGUGUAGUUGCGCGAGCAAAAGACGAAGCGUUUAAGAAGAUGACAUCACUCUUACUGUGGACGGCAAAGGGGUUUGUGUCGGGUACAAAGUCCUUAUCCAUUCAUUCGCUGAAAAAUGUCUUUGUCUCGUUUUAUUGA